AUGACAAUAGCAAGCAGAAGGAGAGUGUCACACGCCCACCCACCUUUCUACACCUACUUCGACCUCGCCACGCAAGGAACUCCUGGCUACAAGCACACGACCAACAUCAUUGGCGGCCUCAACGGACUCAACUCUGCGGGUGCUAUCGUCGGAUGUCUCUUCAGCGCUUGGUCCGGAGAUGUCGUCGGCCGGAAACGAACGAUUGAGAUCGGAUGUGCGGUCCUCAUCGUAGGCGGAGCUUUAUGUGCCGGUUCGGUGACCAUUGGGAUGUUUUACGCCGGACGGUUCGUGGCCGGAGCUGGAGCGGGCAUCCUGGCGGUGAUCGUGCCCAUGUACCAAGGCGAAAUCAGCACAGCCAACAUCAGAGGGGCAAUGAUGUGCGUUUCUGGAAUAAUGUACGCAGUCGGCUACGCCUGGGCAGGCUGGAUGGGCUACGCCUGCUACUACUUCCCCUCCACCUCCCCCUCCGCAACCUUCGCCUGGCGCUUCCCCCUCGCCCUUCAGAUAAUCCCACCCCUCCUCCUUCUCGCCGGCAGCAAAUUCAUCCCCUUCUCCCCCCGCUGGCUCCUCUCUCAAUCCCGCCCCGCCGAAGCCCUCUCCAUCCUCAAACGCCUGCACGCCACCCCGUCCGACCCAUCCCACACGACCGCCACGGCCGAAUUCUACCUCAUGCAGAAACAAUUCGAUCUCGACAGCACUUUCCCUUCGCGGCGAUUCGAAAUCUUCCGCUCAGCGCCGAAUAGGAGAAGAGCACUUAUCGGCGCGCUGAUCAUGUGGGGGAAUCAAUUCCUGGGAAUCUUCAUCAUUACCAACUACGGCGUGUUGAUCUAUGCUUCCCUCGGCUUCGAGGGUUCCGUGCCUUUACUGCUCAACGCCUGCUGGACGACCUUCACCUUGCUCGGUAAUGUGUGGACGGCAUUCUACAUCGACCGAUUCGGCAGGCGGACAUUUAUGCUGAUUGGCACCACCGGGUGCGUGGUAUCGCUCAUCUUCUUGUGUGCGAUGACGGCGAGUUUCCUCAACACGAAUAACGUAAACGGCCUCAACGCGGCGGUAUUCUUCAUCUGGUUCUACAUUCUCUGGUGGUGCUUCUUCGUCGAUGCCACGCAAUACGUCUACGUCUCGGAAAUCUGGCCGAAUCGAUUGAGGAGUCAGGGGACGGCGUGGGGGGUUAUGUUUUGGUUUUUGGCGAGUGAGGUUACGCUUGUGGCGGCGCCGGUCGCAUUGAACGAAAUCGGAUGGAAAUUCUACCUAGUCCUAAUCCUCCCCUCAACCCUCUACAUCUUACUCAUCUACCUCCUCUUUCCGGAAACCAAAGGCCGCACCCUCGAGGAAAUCGGCCUCCUCUUCGGGGACGACGUACACGUCGCUUCGCAGUGGUAUGAUUUGAGUCCGGAGGAGAAGGAGGAAGUGGCGGUGGAGGCGGUGAGGAAUACUGCGUUCCGUUCCGAGGCCACCGACACGGUCAUGGGUGGGGAGACGGUGGCGAUGGCGGUGAAAGGUGGGGCUGUAGAGGAGGAGGGGGAGGGGAGGCUGGGACGAGGGGGUGAGUAG